AUGGCACUUCCCGGCAGCCCCGAUCCUCCCUCCCGCACCUUGCCCUCAGUAUGGACGUCAAUCGACGGCGGACAUGUCAUGCAGGAGGCCCAGGAUGCUCUCGAGGCUUACAAGAAGAAGGACGGCAGUAAAGUCGUUGUCCGCUUCAAGGCCGUUGGCAAUGCCCCGAUUAUGAAGCAGAACUUCUACAAGAUCACUGCAUCGAACCGCUUUCAAGCCGUCAUUCAGUUCUUGCGUAAGGAACUUGGUUGGAAACAGGGAGACCCUCUGUUCACAUACAUCAACCUCGCCUUCUCCCCCGCACCGGACGACACGGUCGCCAAUCUCUUCAAGUCCUUCUCGACCGAAGGCCACCUAAUAGUGAACUACAGUACCACCGCAGCCUGGGGUUGA